AUGUCCUCCCAGAGCAGCAGCGCCGCUUCGGGGAUCCAAGGACUUCUUCUGAAAGUUCACGAGUCACUUUCAGACACAGACUUACGCUCCGCAGCUUUGAAAUGUCACGAUAUCAUCGGUGAUUUGGGACAAGAGUGCAUGCUAACAUCCACCGAAACUGACCUCGCUUUGCAGGCAUCUCUGUUGUUCUCCAAGGAUCAUGGACUCCUCAGCUUCCUCAGGAAGUCCCUGUCCUUCGAUGAGCUGCGGGACACCCGGGUGGAAAUCUUGCAGUUUCUGGAGAAGUUUUUGGACAAGCUGUCACCGAGAGUCAGAGGUUGGGAGAAGUCCUACGCCACCGACAUACGAGACGUGUGCAUGGUUGUGUACACGAAGGAGAAACUGGCCAAAUGUCGAACGCCGCUGCUGGAGCUCCUUAUAAAGGUUCUCCAAAUGACGAAGGCGUCCAGCGUCGCUGCAGAUUUCCGAAUCGGUGAAAUAUUCAACAAAUUUUACAGCGAGCUUUGCCAGAAGAGCAAGUUGCCAGACUCGGUUCUGGGUAAGAUCUAUGAGCUGUUGGGAGUUCUUGCAGAAGUUCAUCCAAGUGAGAUGGUCAACAACUCGGACAAGCUGUACAGGGCUUACGUCGGGGAGCUCAAAGACCAGAUGACGUCGUCCACAAAGGAACCCCGACUUUAUGUUGUCGCCGGCUGUUUGAGAGGGAUCACGGCCCUGAUGGUGAACUUCACUAAAACCAUGGAGGAAGACCCAGUCACGUCCAGGGAGAUCUUUCAGUACACGCUGAAGGCGAUCAGUCCACAGAUGGAAAUGAGCCGUUACGCCGUCACGUUCGCCGGGCUCAAGCUGUUCGCCCGGCACGCGUCCCAGUUCAGCAGCUGCCUCACGGACCACUACAGAGCUCUGUUUGAGACCAUGUGCAAGCUCUGCGGGCACAUCAACGGCGAGAUGAAGAAGACGAGCUACUUCGCCCUCGAGGCCUUCCUCAAACAGGUCGCCCUGUUGGUGGCGGAGAACAUCGAGGAGCACAAAGCCAAGCUGAAGUUCUUCAUGCAGAAGUUCUGUGGCAUCAUUAAGACCAUGGACUCGACGCACAAAGAGCUGUCCAUCGCCAUACGAGGAUACGGAUUCUUUGCAGCUCCGUGUAAGAAGGUUUGCCCUCAGGACGUGGACCUGAUGUACACGGAGCUGAUCCAGCGCUGUAAGCAGAUGUACCUGACGGAGUCCGACAGGGAGGACGACAGCUUCUACCAGCUGCCCAGCUUCCUGGACUCCAUUGCCAGCGUCCUCAUCCACCUGGACAAGAUCCCAGAGGUGUACACGCCGAUACUGGAGCGUCUGCUCGUGGUGCAGAUCGACAGCUUCCCUCAGUACAGCGAGAGGAUGCAGGCGGCCUGCUGCAGGUCCAUCCUGAAGGUCCUGGUGGCCAUGGCCUCGAAGGGACCGGUCCUGUGGAGUUUCAUCAGCUCUGUGGUGCACCAAGGCUUGAUUCGUGUCUGUUCAAAACCCAUCGUGCUCUCCGAGGACUCAGAAAAAGGCAAGUCUUCUGAAGUCCAGGUUGGAAAAUGGAAAGUCCCAUCCUGUCACAGUUACCUCCCACUGUAUAAAGAACUUCUAGACUGUGACUGUUUGAAGGAUUCUGGGUUUUUGGACGGGGCUUUCGAAAGCCAGAAUGCAUCUCUCGGGUCUCUGAGUCGUCUUCUGUACAACGAGUUGGUGAAAUCGAUUCUACGCAUCGUGGAGAAACUGGACCUGUCUGUGCAGAAAAUAACAGGAGAGGAGACGCCGGAUGACUCGGCCCAUGCCCUGCCGUCGUCCGACCCCACAGCUCACCUGCUGCCCAACAAGGUCAAAGACUUCACUGCCUUCAUCAACCUGGUGGACUUUUGCAGUGAGUUGUUGCUGAAUAAACAUGUGGAAUAUUUCCACUCCUGGAUGUAUCCCCUGAGUCAUGAACUCAUCCUCCACUCCAUAAGAAAUCCUCUUGUCAGCGGCUUUUACAAGCUGCUGUCCGUCACCAUGAAAAUUGCCAAGAGAAUGAAGUACUUCCAGGGAGUUGGCCUCAGAAGUUCUGCAUCUCCUCAGGGUGACACAGUGAAAAGUGCUUGUUUUGCACUUUUCUCUAAGUUUGGGAAAGAGGUGUGUGUGAGGAUGAAGCAAUACAAAGAUGAACUCCUGGCGUCCUGCUUGACCUUUGUCCUCUCACUGCACCACAACAUCGUGGCUCUGAACAUCAAGGCCUACUGUCCUGCUCUGGAGACAGCUCUGAGGCUGGGUCUGAGCCACGUUCCUUUGGCCAACACAGCCCUGGACGCGCUCGAGGACUGGUCCUCCAACAUUACCCAGGAGACGUUGCAGCCCUGCUACAAGGAGAUCCUGCCGCUCCUGGAUGGAUACCUGAAAACCACCUCUACAAAUGACAAAGAUGAGAGCAACUGGGAGGUGAUGUCUUCUUUGUCAUCGAAAAGUGACAGAGGGUACAACAGAGUGAUGACAAGGCUGCUGAAGAAAUCCAACCAGCUCUCUACGGAAGACGCUCCUCUCGUCAUGCUAAGACUCCGGGUGGUGAAGCUGCUCGGUCACCUGGGAGGGAGGCUGAACAGAAACCUCGUCACCGUGGUCUCCUCAGAAGAGAUGAUGAAGAAGUUUGUCGCCUGGGACUCGGAGAAAAGGCUCAGCUUUGCUGUGCCUUUCGCCGACAUGAAGCCAGUGAUCUACCUCGACCCAUUCCUGCCUCGCAUCAGCGAGCUGGCUCUGUCCACGAGCGACCGGCAAACCAAAGUCGCGGCCUGUGAGCUGCUCCACAGCUCGGUGAUCUUCAUGGUCGGGAAGAGCGCUCAGAUGGUUGAAGGGGAGAACCGACUGCCGCCGAUGUACAAGCUGCACAAAAGACUGUUUCCUGUUUUGCUGCGUUUGGCCUGUGAUGUCGAUCAGGUAACCAGACAGCUGUUUGAGCCGCUCGUCAUGCAGCUGAUUCACUGGUUCACAAACAACAAGAAGUUCGAGAGCCAAGAUACAGUAGCUGUUCUGGAGGCCAUUCUGGACGGUGUGGUGGACCCGGUGGACAGCACUCUCAGAGACUUCUGUGGCCGCUGCAUUGAAGAGUUUGUCAAAUGGUCAAUCAAACAAACCACCCCCAAGCAGCAGGAGAAGAGCCCGACCAACAUGAAGUCCCUGUUUAAACGCAUUUACAGCUUGGCCCUUCACCCAAACGGGUUCAAAAGACUUGGAGCCGCUUUAGCUUUCAACAGCAUCUACAGGCAGUUCAGGGAGGAGAACUCUUUGGUGGAACAGUUCGUCUUUGAGGUUCUCGUCAUAUUUGUUGAAAGUCUGGCUCUGGGACACUCAGACGAGCGAUCUAUGGGGUCAUUGCAGCAGUGUUGCAGCGCCAUUGACCAUCUGAAGAGAAUAAUCAAACACAAAGCCCCCGCUCUCAAUCAGCACAAUGCAAAGAGGCGCAUCCCAAGGGGUUUCCCACCUGAUGGAAAGGUGUGUCUGUCAGAUGUGCUCCUCUGGCUGCUGGAACAAUGUGGCCGACCGCAGACCGAGUGCCGCCACAAGUGCAUGGAGCUCCUCUAUGAAUUUAUUCCCCUCAUCCCAGGGAAGAAAUCUCUGCCUCAGUGGUUGGACGGGAUUCUGAAUGAUCGCGAUGCGGACUUCCUGAUCUCACAGUUUGAGGGGGGUGGUCUCCUCUCCCAGCCCACGCUCAGGGACCUGACAGGCCCGUUCAGCGUGCGGGCCGCCCUGCAGUGGAUGGACCUUCUGCUGGCCGUUGUGGACUGCUACAACACCUUCAUCAGCUUACACAUAGUCAAGCCUCAGCACAUUCUCAACUCAAAAGACAAAUCCAGCUUCUUGAAGGCGACCCGAUUCUUCCUGACGGAGCUGGCAGCUCAUGAACUCACAGCAGCAGAGAGCUGUUUCUCUCUCGGUGAGAAGACCUCCCACUUCAGCCCGAGAGAAGUGGACCAGUACAAUUACAGCAAGUGCACCAUCAUCGUCCGUCUGCUGGAGUUCGCCUCCAUGAUUCUUGUCAAAGGAGACCAGGGGUUCUGGAAGCUCCUGGAACAAGAUUUGUUUUGCUCCCUGUUCUUUGAGGUGACUGCGACAGUGGUAUGCGAGCCAGCGGCUGUUGGGUUCAACAUGGCUGACGUGGAAGUGAUGAAGAACCUUCCAGAGGUGUGCGUACCCCUACUCAAAGCUCUGCUGGACUCGCCAUACCGCAGCCACCUUGAAAGUAACUUACGGACAAAAAUCUCACGGAAAAGUGUGGAGGAUCUGUGUGCUGUAGACCUGUACCAUUCGAGCAGCCACCAUAACCAAAUGGAAAUGAUGCUUUCUUCCUGUAAGCAGAUCCACAGGGCUGGCUUCCUUGACUCCAUCCUGCACAGCCAGGAUUCAGCCUACACCGAAUCUGUUGGGUCCAGACUUCUGAUGGCGGUCUAUAAAGGCAUAGCUCCUGGAGGCGACAGGAAGGCGCUUCCCUCGUUGGACGUUAACACCAAGAGAGUAGCAGACGGUCUGCUUCAGCUUGCCUUUUCUCUCAGCCAACAGAGUGAGCAGCUGGUGGAUUUGCUGUUGAACUCCAUCAUGCUUUCUGUACCAAUAUCCGGCGAUCACAGCCGUAACUUCUUGAGCUUCUCGCACGGCGAGUACUUCUACAGCCUCUUCCAGAUGACCGUCAACACCAAGCUGCUGAAAAGUCUGACAACCUCCGUGCCUCGCCUUAUGAACGCUGCGUCUCAGAACCCCUCCACGGUGAGCAUGCUGCUGAACGGCAUGCUGGAUCACAGCUUCAGAGAGCGCUCUGUGAGGAAGACACAGGGGAAGGAGCUGGUGGAGAAGGUGCUGAGGAGGUGGGUCAGCCUGCAGACAUGGUGGGAGGGACCCUCAGCCACUUCGGAGAGUAAAACUGACACUCUUCUUCUGCUCUCCAAGCUCCUUCAGAUUGACUCUUCGGUCUGCUCCGAUGUGAACCAUGCAGCGUUCCGGCCCGUCUUCUCCACCUUCACUUCACUGCUGCUCGACAUGAAUCUGCACCUGAAUUUCAAGAGUCAGGCCUUGCUGGUGUUGCCUUUCUUCACAAGCCUCCAAGAGGAGCCUCUGGCAGAGCUGCAGAGGGCCCUCGAAGCCCUGAUAGCGUCCCACUUCCCCAUGCAGUCCGACGAGUUCGCCAAGGGCUCCCUGCACCGCAACAACUACAUGGACUGUGUCCAGAAGUUGCUGGAUGCCCUGGAACUGUCCCAGAGCCCGCUUCUGCUCCAGUUGCUGGCAGGAGUUCUGUGCCGGGACAGGAAGCACAUCAUGGAGGAGCAGUUCCAGACCUGCUUCCAAAGGAUAGCAAAGAGGGCGAGCGGUGCGCGGCAGCUGCAGCUGCUGUGCGCCGUGCACACGGCGAUCCAGCAGGGCGACGUGCCGGUCAGCUCAACGCUGCAGGCCAUGACGGAGCGGGUCCUGCUGCCCAUGGCCUCCCACUGCAGCUCCAAGGCCCUGAGCGACUUCUUCGAGGCGAACGUCUGCGACAUAAUCGCCCUCCUGCAGAGACGUUUCACCAAGUCCAGCGAAGCAGCUUUUGAGGUUCAGCUGCUGAAGAAGAUCGGCUGCUUUAAGCUGAUGGAGCUGCUGUACGCUCGGCUCCCCAAGGAGGAGGUUUACUCCAAGGAGUCCCGCAUCAAUCAGGUGUACUGUCGCUCGGACAGAACCGAGGGAAACGAGCUGUCCAAAGCUCUGAUCAAGUCGUGUUUCGAGGCCUUCACGGAGAACAUGGCGGGCGAGACGCAGCUGCUCGACCUCAGGAGGCUUUAUCACUGCGCCGCGUACAACUGCGGCAUCGCCGUCAUCAGCCGCAGCUUCAACGAGCCCAAAUUCUACCAGGGCUUCCUCUUCAGUGAGAAACCGGAGAAGAAUCAGUUUAUUCUUGAAAACAUCGUCGAUGUUCGAAGGAUCUACAAUUUUCCCAUUGAAAUCGAGGUCCCGCUUGAGAGGAAGAAGAAAUAUUUUAUGAUUCGUAAAGAAAUUAGCGAGGAGAGCGGAGAGGCACCCGUCUACCUGUCCUCCCAGUCCUACAUGGCCGACGGCAGCCUGAGUGAGGAGAUGAGUCAGUUCGACUUCUCCACGGGAGUUCAAAGCUUCUCCUUCAGCUCCCAAAACCCAGCAGGACGCAAACGAGCCGCGGUAAAAAGUCUUAAAUUAGACAGAAGUCCCUCCCAGGACGCCAUGGUGGACUUAGAAAUGGACGAGCUGAACCAGCAUGAAUGCAUGACCGCCAUGACCGGUCUGAUCCAGCACAUGCAGAGGAACAACAUAACCCCCAAAACUGAACAGGGAUGUCCGACUCCUGAACUUCCUCCGUGGAUGAAGUUUCUGCACGGGAAGUUGGUGAAUCCGACCACGCCUCUGAACAUCCGACUCUUCAUCUCAAAGCUGAUCAUAAACACAGAGGAGGUUUUUCGUCCCUUUGCCAAGCACUGGCUCGGGCCACUCCUGCAGCUCGUUGUGUCUGGGAACAACGGAGGAGAGGGGAUCCAUUUCAUGGUGGUGGAUGUUGUGGUGACGGUUCUGUCCUGGACCAGCCUGGUCACACCCAAGGGAAACCCCAGAGAUGAAGUCCUUGCCAACCGCCUGUUAGAGUUUCUGAUGAAGCACAGCUUCCACUCCAAAAGAGCCGUUUUUCGCCACAACCUGGAGAUCAUUCGCACCUUGGUGGAGUGCUGGAAGGACUGUCUGCAUGUGCCGUACAGUUUAAUAUACGAGCGGUUUUGUGGCACCGACCCAAACAGCAAAGAUAAUUCUGUUGGACUCCAGCUGUUGGGAAUCAUCCUGGCCAAUAAUCUGCCUGCCUACGAAGCUUCCUGUGGGAUCGACUACGACAGGUACAUCCAGUCGCUCACCAACAACGUGUCCUUCAUCAGGUACAAAGAGGUCUACUCGGCUGCAGCUGAAAUUAUCGGCCUCGUCCUGAAAAAUACAGCCGAAGCGGGCAACCAACAUCAAGAGCUCCUCAGUCUUGCUGCAACAAAACUAACAAACUUAAAGAAGAAAGAUCUGGAUGAUAAGUUCAUCAUCUGCCUAAACAAAGUCUCCAAACACUUUCCUCCCUUUAUGGAUCGGUUUGUGAACCACGUGUUCUUUCUGCUGCCAAAGCUGCAUGGCCUCUUAAAGACUUUUUGUCUGGAGUGCGUUUUAAGUCGAGCUGAUGUCAUUCCGGACAUCUUUCUGCAUCUGAAGACCACAGGAUUCACUCAGAUGAUGAGCCACAGGGAUGAAGCGAGGCAGAGGACAUGUCUGGACAUCAUCCAUAAGAUCACGGCUCGGCUGACUCCGGUUGAGCUUCAGGAGCUCUUGGGAUCCGUGACCGCUUUCAUCUCUCACCCUUCACCGGUCUGCAGAGAGAGGAUGUACGAGAUCCUCAUGUGGGUCCAGGACAACUACAGCGAUGAAGAAAGCAUGAAGGACAACACCUCCGUGGAGAUUUUAAAUGCAUCUAAAGAAGCAUUGCUUCAGGGAUUAUCAGAAGAAAAUCAAGGCCUUCAGCUUUACGUCCGUAACUUCUGGAGUCAGGAGGAGCGCCUCCCCACUGCCACCCUGGAGCGGAUGCUGACGGUGCUUCGCUCUCUGUACUCCUGCCAAAUAGAGAGGUGCUUUUUGAGCUUGGCCACCAAUCUGCUGCUGGAGAUGACCAGCCGGAGUCCUGACUUCAAGAGAAACAUGUUUGAGUAUCCUCUGUCAGAGUGCACCUUCCAGGACUGUGUGAUUGAUUCGAACUGGCGCUUCAGGAGCACAGUAAUGACCCCCAUGUUUGCGGAAACCCAAAGCUCUCAGGGCUCGGAGAGCACGGCAGCCUCCCAGUCUGGAUCCAUGAAGGGGAAGCUCAGAGCCACCCAGACGUCUUUAGAGUUCAGCCAAACCCAAACACCAGGUCGGCGUACAGCCUAUAACUGGCUGACGGGCAGCAGUGUGGACACAAUGGCCGAUUACUCUCUCAGCUCCGACUCCCUGUCCUCCUUGCUCGUGUUUGAUAAGAAGUCGGAGCGGCAGACGUCGGCGAGGCGACCGGUCGGAGAAGGCUUCGGUCUGAGGCGCCUGACCGCAUCGACGGAUGAGGUGGAUAGUCGCACCCGAGCUGAGAACGAGCGGCGCAACAACAUUCUGAGGCUGAGACGCAGGUUCCUCAAGGAUCAGGAGAAAGUCAGCUUGAGUUUCGCUCAAAAGGAAAUCCAACAACAGAGGCAGAAAAAGGAGGAAAAAGCUGAUCAGAGGCUGAGAAAAGAGGCUCAAGUGACUCUGUACCGUAACUAUAGAUCCGGUGACUUUCCAGAUAUCCAGAUCCCUUUCAGCAACCUCAUCGCUCCUCUUCAGGCUCUCGCUCAGAGAGACCCGAUUUUAGCGAAGCAGCUGUUCAGCUCCCUUUUUGUGGGCGUCCUCCAAGAAAUGGAGAAGAACCUGGAUCCAGAGGAGAGCGGGAGGAUCAAAGAGGAGCUGCGCUGCAACAUGAACUCCUUCCUGAGCAGCAGCACGCUCUGCUUCCCUCCGUUCAUAGCAUGCGUGCAGGACAUGUGUUACCGGCACCCGGAGCUGCAGCAGCUGGAUCCAGUGGUCGUCAGCUCCACCUGCCUGAUGAGUCUCCAGCAGCCGUCGGGCAUCCUGCUGCUGGAGGAGGGUCUGCUGCGGGCCAGCGGACCAGAAGAACGUCCUGCCAAACGCUCACGAGGGCGCCAAGUAAUCCCUCCAGACACGAACAAAUGGAUCCACCUCGCCAAACUUUACAGAUCGUUGGAGAAUUACGACGUCGUUCGAGGAAUCUUUGGUGGUAAAGUUGGGACAAAAUCAAUCACCUGCGCUGCUCUUCAGGCUGAAGCCAACACAGACUUUGCAGAAGCUGUGACGCUUUACAAUGAGGCCCUGAACACCGAAGACUGGCCUGAUGGAGAACCCACGGAGUCUGAGAAGGAUUUCUGGGAAAUCGCUGCCUUGGAGGCCUACAGUCAGCUGACUGAGUGGAAGUCUGUUCAGUACUGUUCCACGGUGUACAUCGAUGAAAAUGCUCCACCAAACCUGGAGAAGAUGUGGUCCGAGCCUCUCUACCAGGAAAUGUACCUGCAGCACAUGAUCCGCAGCAUGCUGAAGCAGCUGCAGCUAGGCGAGGGUGACCAAGCUCUCCUCAGCUUCGUUGAUAACGCCAUGAAAGUGGAGGAGCGCAAGAAGCUGCUGGAGAGUCGCUACAGCCGGGAGCUCGGCCUGCUCUACAUCCUGCAGGAGGACUACGACCGUGCCAAGUUCUACACCAACCACGCCAUGCAGCUCUUCAUGGAGAGUUACUCCAGUGUGGACACACUCCUGACUCAGAGUCGGCUGACCGUCCUGCAGUCGGUGCAGGCCUUGAUCGAGAUCCAGGACUUCCUGCUGUUCAUCAAAGGAGACGUGUCUGUGAGUUCUCUGAAGCGCCUCAUCGGGUCGUGGACUGAUCGAUAUCCUGAUGCGAAAGUGGAUCCGGUAAACGUGUGGGAUGACAUCAUUACGUCUCGAUGUUUCUUCUUGGACAAGAUCAAAGAGAAGCUGAGAGUCCACGCUCCCAGAGACAGCAUGGACGUAGACGAGUCCCAGGACCCAGCAGGCGACGUCGAGACGAUGGUGAACGACUGCAAGUUCAACAUGAAGCUCCGCAUGGCCGACAGCACCUGUCAGCAGAAAAACUUCCCGGUUGCCACCAAGCUGCUGAAGGAGCUUCACAGAGAAGCUAAAACUAACCGAGCAUGGCUGCUGUCCUGGGUCCACAGCUUCAGCCGCUAUAAUCAGAAGCGCAGCCAGACCCAGGGUUCUGUGGAGCAGAUCGGUGCCAUGCUGAAGACCAUCCCGCUGCUGGAGGAGCUUCAGGCUGACUGUCAGAGUGCCUCAGCCAAAGUGUUCAGACACCAGAAGAUCCUCCUGGGUACAUCGUUCCACGUGUUGGCCUCGGCUGUCAGCCGAAGCCCAUCGGUCCUGGGAACAAUUGACCGCGAGAAAACCGAGAGAGUUGUUCAGCUUUCAGGAGCUGCCUGGCCCAGUCAAAACCCAAAGGAAGUGGAGGUGGGGUUGCAGUUGCAUGCGCUCAAGUUGCUACGGGAGGCAAACAGGAAGGCUGAUGAGGAGCUCCAGUCCUUCGCACAGGACUUUGUGGAGACCGGCGGCGUCACAGAGACGUACAUGGCUUUGGCAAACUUCUGUGACAAGCUGCUGCGAGACGAGGAGCAGAGCGAUACAGAGAUCCCGUUUCCGGAAGCUGUGGCGCUGCCGGUUCACGUGGUGGAGAGCAUGUUGAAAGCGCUGAAGAUGAACUCUGAGGAGGCUCGACUCAAGUUCCCUCGCCUGCUGCAGAUCAUCGAGUUGUACCCGUCUGAGACGCUGGACCUCAUGACAAAAGAGAUGGCGUCCGUUCCCUGCUGGAUCCUGAUCAGCUGGAUCAGUCAAAUGGUGGCUCUGCUGGACAAGCCUGAAGCCGUGGCGGUGCAGCGCUGCGUUGGGCAGAUAGCAGAGUUCUACCCUCAGGCUCUGGUUUACGCUCUCAUGAUCAGCAGCGAGAGUUACCGGUUCGAGGACUCGGCUACGGGUCACCAGCAGAGGGAAUAUGUUAACAGGCUCAGGAGCUUGCUGGAUAAAGGCGGCGCUGUGAGGAACUUUGUGGACGCCCUUCAGCAGCUCACAAACCCUGAGAUGAUUUUUAAGGACUGGUGGGACAUCGUGAAAAACGAACUGGAGAAGCCGACCUUUGACCAGAAGCAGAUGAGUGACAUGUACGAGGAGAUGCGCUCCCAGCUCGGGGAUCGGAGCGCCGACGGACAUGGGAUGUUUCGCAAGAGAUUCGUUCAGAAAUUUUCCAAAGAUGUGGAGAAGCUGUUGGGACCUGACGGGAGCAACCUGUUUAAGAAGAAGAAUGACAAAACCCUUGUGGGACAGGUGGAUAAGCUGGCAGGGUCCAUGCGUAACUUUACUAACAAGAAGGAACCGGGGAACCUGAAGGAGUACUCGCCCUGGCUGAGUGGGUUUAAAGCCGACCCGUUCGGUAACGAGCUGGAGGUUCCAGGACAAUAUGACGGCAGAUCGAAACCAUUACCGGAGUAUCACGCAAAGAUAACCGGCUUCGAUGAACGGGUUAAGGUGAUGUCUUCGAUGCGUCGCCCCAAACGUCUGAUCAUCCGCGGGGACGAUGAGCGGGACCACCCCUUUCUGGUGAAGGGCAGCGAGGAUCUGCGUCAGGACCAACGCAUCGAGCAGCUUUUCGCCGUCAUGAACAUUGUGCUGAGUCAUGAUACGAGCUGCACGCAGCGAGGCUUGCAGCUCCACACCUACCAGGUCAUUCCCAUAACUACCAGAAUUGGUUUGAUUGAAUGGAUGGAGAACACGUGUACUCUGAAGGAGUUUUUGUACAACACCAUGACAGACGAGGAGCAGCAAAGAGCAGGGAGAUGUGCUGAAAUCUACCACGAUUGGCUCUCAAACUUCGGUUCUGCUUCUACUAAUAAUAUUUUCCUCUAUGGAUUGGCUUACAGGAAGGCCAAACGUGCCGAUGCCGUGAACAACUUCCUGAAAGUCCUGCAGCAGGUGCCGAGUGAUCUGCUGAAGAGAGCCUUCCUGAAGAUGUGCAGCAGCCCCGAGGCCUUCCUCUCCCUGCGCUCCCACUUCAUCAGCUCCCACGCUCUGCUCUGCAUCAGCAACUGGAUCCUGGGCAUCGGAGACCGCCACCUGUCCAAUUUCAUGAUCAACACGGAAACAGGCGGCAUGAUUGGCAUCGACUUCGGCCACGCCUUUGGGUCGGCCACGCAGUUUCUUCCCGUGCCGGAGCUCAUGCCUUUCCGGCUGACCCAACAGUUCUUGAAUCUGAUGCAACCCCUGAAGGAGUCCGGUUUGAUCCAGAGCAUCAUGAUCCACUCUCUGAGAGCCUACCGGGCCGAGCCGGACCUUCUGCUGAACACCAUGGACGUAUUUGUUAAAGAACCCUUGCUGGACUGGAAGAACUUUGAGGUGAAACAGCUGAAGAAAGCUGGAACGUGGACCGAGAGCGUGAACACUAAGGAGAUCAACUGGUUCCCCCUGCAGAAAGUCAACUUCGCCAGGAGGAAACUAGAAGGAGCGAAUCCAGCUGCUAUAACCAGCGAGGAGCUGAAGCUGGGUUUUGAAAAGGACGCGGCGUUCCCGGGGAUGCAGGCCGUAGCUCUGGGGUCGGAGGAGCACAACGUUCGGGCGAAGCUUCCAGCUGAAGGUCUGUCUGUGGAGAAGCAGGUGGACUGCCUGCUGGACCAGGCCAUGGACCCAAACGUGCUGGGCCGGGUCUGGGCGGGCUGGGAGCCGUGGUUCUGAGGGUUCCUGUUUAAAAUCAAACAUUCAUAAUCGGUUCAGGCGAUGAUGAUGGGAAGGGAAAUGUGAAAUGUGAAGGAAAAUACGUGUAAUGUCGCCUUUUAUUGAAACUGUUCAGGAAAUUAAACGAGUUAUUACAAAUUUA